AUGGCACCUGAUCCCGAAGACCAUACCAUCAAGAUCUGGGGUGUUUCUUCGGGCAAGGCUAUGAGAACUCGUACAGGCCAUACUGAUUCGGUUUGGUCAGUAGUAUUCUCAGCUGAUAGCAAGCUCUUGGCAUCCGGAUCAGAUGAUAUGACAGUGAAGAUCUGGGAUGCUACGACAGGCGAGGUCAAGCAGACAUUCAAGGGUCAUAUCCGGUCCGUCCGUUCAGUGGCCUUUUCAAUGGAUGGCAGGCUCGUGGUAUCUGGCUCGGACGACAGAACCAUCAGGAUCUGGGAUGCCACUAUAGACAAAGAGCAGCGGAUACUUGGAGGACAUGGCAAGCAGGUUACGUCGAUGGCGUUUUCGCCCAACAGAAAGCUCACGGUUUCCGGGUCAUUUGGUCAGACUGUGAAGAUUUGGGAUACCGCUACGGGAGAGGUGAAGCACACCUGCAAGGGCCACACAAAGCUCAUUACAUCUGUGGCAUUCUCGGCCAACAAUGCGCUCGUGUCAUCCUGGUCAUAUGAUAAGUCUGUUAUCAUAUGGGAUGCGGGAACAGGCAAAAAGCUGCUUGUGCUAACCGGCCACAGAAUUGCGGUUGGGUCGGUGGCCUUCUCAAGAGACAGCAAGCUGGUGGCUUCCGGGUCAGAUGAUGACACUAUCAAGAUAUGGGAUGCUAUGAUUGGUGGCAUCAAGAAGACCCUUGAGGGUCACAGUCGUACAAUACGUUCGGUAGCCUUUUCGAAUAACGGUAGGCUUGUAGUGUCUGGGUCAGAUGACAAAACUGUUAGGGUUUGGAAUAGGACAGCAGGCACGAUUUUGCAGACUUUGAUAGGCCACGGUCACAGGAUCAGGUCAGUGUCAUCCUCGAGCGACGAUAGGCUUAUUGUGUCUGGAUCGGAUGAUGGGACCAUCAGGGUCUGGGACAACGCCACCGGCAGGGUCAUAAAGAUAUUGGAGGGCCACUACUCCAGAGCCCCAUUGGUCUCUUUCUCGCCUGAGCAUACGCCUACAGGCUAUGGCAUAAGUUUCGAUGGAUCUUGGAUCACUUUUUGGUAUGGAUGGGAGAGACGUAACAUGCUAUACCUACUCCCUGAGUUCCGACCGUCGUCGUCUGCCACUUCAGGUUCGACUCUGGCUAUUGGUUGCCCCUCGGGCCGCGUUUUAUUUUUCACAUUUGAUAGUCAGUAUCUAUAG